AUGAGCUGCACAGAGGUUAUGUAUCAGGCGUAUUAUCCGUAUUUGUACCAGAGGUCUUCGGGCACGGCCGCUCCGCCGACUAGGGCGCCGCAUCAUCACUUCGCGCCGUUCACCCAAUAUGAUCGGUUGAGAGCAUUGGAAACGCACCAACAAGCAUCCACAUCUUCACCGAUUGGCGGUGGAGACUCUCCUGCGAAUAGAUGGACGACAAUUGCAGAUCAUACAGACUCACACCACAGCAGCGUCGGAUCCGGAGCAUCCAGUGUGGGCCCUGUUGGUGGCAUCGCCAGUCCCGCAUCCUCACCGGCCACUGCCAAUAGUGUUUCGGUAGUACACAAAGAAGAAGACACAUCCAGAGACGAUGUUCGCACUGAAAUGGAUGAGGACGAGGACAACGUGCAGGACGACUCAAGAACGCGAGGGGACAGGCGUGCCGCCGCACACGCGCAAUACGUGUCUGUAAAUUGCGUGGUGUUCACCCACUAUACUGGUGACGUCGCCAACGUGGUAGACGAACACUUUUCCAGGGCGUUGAACAGCGAUCAAAAACUCAACAACGCUCAUCAGACGUCGACCAAAGAUACUUCCCCAAUGUCUUCCAGAAACUUCCCAGCGUCGUUUUGGAACAGUAAUUAUCACUCACAUCACUCCACUAGUCAAGUGUACCAUCCCGACACAAUGUACCAUCAUCAUGGUACUGCUGGUAAUCCCGCAGAUCCAUGGCAGACACAUUACCAACAAUAUACAGCUGCGGCUGCUCAUCACCAUCACAGGGCCGUGCACGAAUACCAUCACCACCAUAACAUGGCCGCCCAGUACGGCAGCCUACUACUACCGCCACCGACUUCGAGACUGGCGCCACCGCCGCCACCACCACCUCCACCAUCUAGUCACCCACAUCCACACCAGUAUCACGGCAAAGCUGGCAUGGAACCGUGGCCCAACAGCGCCCAUCAUCCGGCCUUGGAUACUGGCGCGUCUUACUCGUCAUAUCCCACUGUUCCAGGUCUAGAAGCUCAAGUACAAGAGACGUCCAAAGAUCUAUAUUGGUUUUAA